UCAGCUGGCUGAACACAUCGUCAAUAAUUUUGUGAAUUUAUUUCUCUUCAUUUAAUUUAUUCUUUAAAUACACAAACCACAGACAUUUAGCUGAAAAGAAGCAGAACCAAUUUAAAUUGAAUAUUCCAUUUUGAUUUAUUUUGUUUAAAAGUGUAUGUGUGAGCGUGGCAUUUUAAUGCAAUUUCCAACAUUUGAUUUGAUUUUUCGUUCGCAUUGGGUGCUCAUCGUGCAUAAUAGUAUAGUUUAGUUUGGUGAGAAGAACCCGAAAAAUAAAAUAAAUAUCAACAAUCGCCCGAAAUCAAGUCGGGCGUUUUUACCUAUUUACCGUGUAUGGUGUGACACUUACAAAUUGUUUUGUUGCCAUUUCCACACUACGCGACGAUCAUCCAUACAAAUUCGAGGGAAAAAAAGCAACAAAAAAUCGAUUCGGAAAUUCACUUCGCAAAUUUGUUUUGCUGGUUGUAGUGCAUGGUAGUGCUUAACAUAACGCAUCGUGUAUAUUCCAUAAAACGUGAGCGUCAACGGCGACGACAAAGAAGAGGAAAAAACCGCAAAGCAAUAAACAACAUUUCGAUUGUAUUUUAUACAAAAAUCGAUAAAUCUUACAAGAGAAAAAAAAUAUCAAAAAUAAAGUUGGAACAAAGAGACAAAAUCUGCACAUACACUCAACUUCCAACGACGAUCGAUUGAUCGAGGAAAAAAGACACAAAUUAAUUUUAAAUAUUAAGAAAGAAAAAAAAAGUCCACACACAUCAAAGAAAUGGCUUCAGAGCGAUCAAUUCCACACCUACGCGAUAUAUUUGGUAUAAAAGGCUAUAAUUCGCAUAUGCAAAAUGAUUGUGGCGGCGGUAUGACUAAUAUUGAUCCAUACAGUAAUCCUCAUAUGCCAAAUGAAACGAAAAAACAUUCACGCAAAAAUAAGCACGACAAUCAUAGGCCAAUGGCAAAUGGCGGCGAUGUAAAAAUGUUAGAACGUCAUUUAAGUAUGAAAAAAACGAUACGAAAGAAAAUAAUGCGUGACUUGCAACAGGCAUUUGUCGACGAUCCAAAUGAAUUUCAAGUGGAAAAUACAAAUGCGGAACACAUGAAGGCCGAAUUAAAAGCAGAGGCGCUACGCUUCGGCGAAAAUCCAAGUAAAAAGUCCGAUAAUUUUUUAGUUAUGUUGCGUGGCGGUGAUCAACAUCAAGGACGAUACGAUUCAUAUAAUAAUGCACAACAAAGAGAAUAUGACUAUGAUUCGCCUGCAAUUUCGGCACGUGAUGAAAAGCAAAGCUUCUGGAAACGAUUCACAAUGAAAACCAAAUCAAAACGCUGAAAUAAAGAGAGAGAGAGAGGGUGUGUGCAUGUGUGUGAGACUUUGUUUUUUUUUGUCGUUGUGCGAAUGAGCGAUUGAGUGCACGUACUGCUAAUGCUGUUGCCGUCAUCGUUGCCAAACGCCGACCUCAUCAAACCGAUUACAAACGAAACAUUUAAAUAAAAUGAAUUUAAAAAAAAUGAUAAAAACGACGACGAGGAGGAAGAAAACAACAAACAUGCACAAUAAAACAAAGCAAAAACAACAAAACGAUAGAGAAAAAAAAAACGAAACAAAUUAAAUGAUGAUUGAAUGGAUGAUAAAUGAUGAUGCUGUAAUCGAUCGUAAUCGAGUGUGAGAACGAUAUAAAACACAUAACCGGAGUCCUUAGCUUGCUUCAAAAUUCAAUCAACAAAAACCACCGGCCAAAAUAAGCGAGAGCACAAAACCAAACCCACAAUUUACAACUGAACACUUAAUGAACUUUUUUAGCAUCUGAAAUCAAAAUGAACAUACAAUCUAUACACAAUCACGCGUUCAUUGUCUUCUAUUUUUUUAAAUAGAUAACAAAAACAAAAAAAUUACGCAAUUUUUCAAUGCAAACAGUUCAAAAUAAACCAAGUUCAAAGAGAUAUCAUAGUUUAUAAGUCUAUAAAAAAACGAAAAAAAAAAACAAAUCGAUUUCAAAUGCAAAGCGAUACAUUUUGCGAGCCGAACACACCAAAAUAGAGUUUUCUAAACACAUAUUUUCGCUUAAAAAAGAAGUAUAGAAACAAAAAUUCCACACAAAGAACAAAACCAACAAAAAAAAUUUUAUGAAUACUGUGUAAUAAAUGCUGUUGCGUGCAAUGCGAAUUUUGUGCACAUAUUUACAGAAAAUUCCAAUGAGUGAAUCGGAAAUAGUUGAUUUUAAGAAGUUGAAAGAAGAAAAGCGGGAAAGAGUGAUGGCGCUUCAAUUAUGCGUUUGAAUUAAAAAUGGAUUUCCAAGCAAAACAAAAAAAAAACUAUUAUUGCAUUGUACUUUACAUAUGUUUUUAUAUGAAUGUAAUUUGAUCUGAUGACUUUUUUUAUCUAAGUUUAGACAAAAUGUCAGACUUCUUAUGUUUUUAAUCACAUUUUUUUGUAUAUUAUUUUUUUUUUAUUUUCCUCAUAAUGAUAAUUAGUCAGAAAGCAUAGCGAUCUAUUCAUCAAAACGUAACGAAUGCAUUCGAUUUCGUGAAUUUUUUUUGAUGACCCAUUUAAAGUAUUAAUUUUAGCAUUGAAAAUGCUAAAAGAGAUAGGUACUCUUUUUUGUGUAGUUCUAUGCGAUAGAAAGACAGAUACACGAACAAUCAAAAGAGAGAGAGAGAAAGAGACAUAUAUAAACAGAGUGAGAUCAAAUUUAGAUUAUGAAAUGCUCUUCCACACCUAUCCGAAUGGUGGAAAGUUUUUAGAUGCAAUACUGCAUUCGCAGAUGCAGCAUAAAUGAAAGGCGCACGAGAUGAUGAACAACAACAAAAAAUUAUGAGAAUUACAUGGCAUAUAUGUUCCAAUCAAAAUGAAAACAACAAAAAAAGAUUCAUUUUAUUUACACUCUUAUGAUUUACAUUCUUUUUUGAAGUUAUACUAUUAUAUAUAAAUGUAAGA